CUUUUCCAACACGUCGAUCAUUUCAAAAAUAGAAGUGACAGUUGAUUUGUUGUAUAUUUUCCUUUAAUAUUAAGUCUCAAUUAAAGCAAUUUGUUAAAAUUAAACCAAACACAGUAGUUUGAUUAUUGUGCAGUAACUGACUAACAUUAAUCCUUAAAGGUCACCACCACCGUCUCUUAGAAAAAUCCAUUCAAGAAAAUAGGUUUUGGCAUCAACUUCGUUAGUGAUAUAAAAAAGACUGCAUAUUUUACUAAUCCUUGCUUUCUAUUCCGACUUGGCAUACUGUUCAAGCUAUAUUUUAUAACUGACUGCGGAAACGACGAACUAUCGCUGCUCGCAAUUGAUUUGUCUUAUUUUUCCUUACUACUAUAAAUUAUCUACAAACGGUAUUAGGUCUUUCUCGCUAAUUGUUUUUAUUUUAAGUCAUAAAAUGGAUUUAUCGUCUAGAAUUUCGGAAUCGCGCUCUUUGAGGAGGAGUCGUGAUCCUCGAGAUGAAAAUGGUGGACGUAUGGAUAGAUAUUCUUCUCGCGAUACAGAAAGAAGUCAUUAUCGAGAUGACUACAGACGUCGUCACAGAGAUGACCAUGAUUAUCGACGACAUCGAGAUUAUAGAGAUUAUAGAGAGUAUAGAGAGAGAAGUCCUAGAGACGAAGAACGACCAAAGAGAAGACGUUAUGAUGACCAUGAUUACCAUUCUUCAAGACAGUCGUUUAGGCGUAAAAGUUUGAGUCCACCACCAAACAGAACCCGUAAUUUGCAAUCUUUAGAACGCGAGUUGGAGCAGCUUAGGGAUGUGAAGCCAAUCAAUGAAUGGGUUCGUCAAAAUUCUCAGUGGGAUAUUAAGCCUCCUGGUUAUGAAUUAGUAACCGCUGAUCAAGCUAAAAUGUCUGGUUUAUUUCCCCUUCCUGGUGCGCCUCGAACUGCUAAUAGUGAUCCCGAAAAACUCCUUGAGUUUGCUCGAUCUGCGGCUGGAAGUAUUAUGGCCCCACCACCUCCCUUGCAACCAGGAGCUAGCCGUCAAGCUCGAAGAUUAGUUGUUUCCAAUCUUCCCUCCGAUUUUGACAUAAACACGUUUAAGUCAUUUAUCGAAGAUUUGUUUAUAUCCACAACAUAUCAUAAACCAGAAACAAGUCAUUUUUCGAAUGCUUAUUUUUGCAAAGAAGAUAAAUACGCAAUUUUAGAAUUGUCAAGACCAGAAGACGCAACAUUUUUAUGGGGAUUACAUACCGCCCAAUAUGCUCCAGAUAUAUUAAUAACUUUUAACAGGAUUAAAAAUUAUAUUGUCCCACAGAUUACAGAUGAGACUGCAAAUCAGAGAAGCUCAGACUUUACGCAAAACGAAGUAUUGGAUUCCAAAAAUAAAGUCUAUUUCACCAAUUUCCCUUCAAAUUUAAGCGAACAAAAUGUAAUUGAAUUAUUUAAACCGUUUGGAGAAUUAUUAAGUUUUCAAUUGAUAAAAGACGUUGCAGACAACUCUUCAAGGGGCUUUGGAUUUUGUGAAUACCGCAACCCCGAGAAUACAGAGAAGGCAAUUCAAAAUUUGGAUGGGAUGGAAUUUAAUGACAAGAAAAUCAGUGUUGGCUUUUCUUGUGUUGGUUUAAACCAAAAGAUACCCGAAAGUAAUGUGGGAAUGGUUGCUUUAACAGAACUAGCCAAAAGUGAUCCAAAAACUCAGGCUACACGUGUUUUACAGAUUCACAAUGUAGUCACGGAGAAUGAAGCUACAGAUCCUAAAGAAUGUGAAGAAAUCCAAGAAGCUAUUGGCACCCAAUUAUCCCAAUAUGGAAAAGUUUUAGACAUAAAAAUUCCCCAACAAAAAGGAUUUUCUGACACUCCUUCCCUCGGUAUUGGAAAAGUAUACGUUAGGUUUGCUGAUAUCGAAUCGGCAGUAACUGCCAUGCAAGAAAUGCGAGGUUACAAAUUUGAUGACAGAACCAUUGUUCUUGCUUUUUAUGGAGAGGACUGCUAUAAAGCAAACGCUUGGUAACUAUUAAGUAAUCUAUAAUGCAUUUACGAUAAGAAAUUAUUAGUGGAGUUAUUUACGAGUCAAAUGCUAUUGGUAGUACUAUAAGUUAUGAUUUUAGAUUCUGGAGUACAUAUUUCAGUUCUAAUAAGCAAUAAAAAUAACUUAAUGUAAGGUUAAUAAAAUAAGUUUUUGUCAGGGAUA